CUCGGGCAGGGAAACAGUCUACCGUCGACCACUGUUGUCGCUUCUGCGACAGUGAGCGAACAGAAGCAGAAUUUCGCGACCAGCAGUUUGUUGGUGAAGUUCGCGACCGCGAUGGGGGGAAUGUUGAUUUUCAACUACACGAACGUCACCGUGCAGACGAAAUUGCUGCAGUCGCAAGAAAGUCAAACAACCGGCUACGGACCCGUGACGCCGGACACGCCGCUGGCACUGCACAGAUCAAUACAUCUGUGUCACGAUACAACGUCGAUUUGCGAAACCUUGCUUCCGGCCGGAGAGGUUCUACCAACAGGGCUUUUACCUGAUCCAAAAGCUACUCCGAAACCCGCGCCGGCAAACGCGACGUGUGCGAGCAGUGUUACGGGGAGUUGCAUGCGGACGGAUUAUUUGUUGACAAUCGCAGCGGAGGCGCUGGAUGACGCGAAGUUGGAGUACUCGCAUUUGAUGUACAAAUCGUUGCUAGACGUCUGCAACCCGGAGAAAAGAUACAGUUGCCACAAGGACCUGGUCGGGUCCUACCUCCUUGAGCAGCUCGGAAUCCCGGUUCUCUACGCCCCCGCGACGACGACGACCACACCGGCUGGCUUUGCCGGCUCCGUCCCGGCGGCAGAUCCAAACGCGGUAAUGCUGGACAUCACCAACGCAAACAGAUUGAAGGUGUUUUCUUGGUUCCACAGCCACGAUUGUGAUAAUAGUGAGUACCUAUCGACGUCUGAGCUGCAGACUUUUGGGAUCUGUUUUUCCACUGUGUUGGAAAGGUCGAAAAACGAAUCGCCGGUGAUUCAGAAGAUGCUUGCAACAGCGGGAGCUGCAGCGACGAGUGGCACUUCUUCUUCGGGCAGCGGCUCAUCAUCGUCCGGAUCGGGAACGACCUCCAACACAUUAGACCUUUUAAACAUCAAGGAGCUUUUGCACAGGACCAACUACCUCUACAAAACGCAGAUCCACAUCGACGUCAUGAUGAAAGUUUUGAAGGAAAAGACGAUGUUGAAAGAGACCGUGAUGAGCGAUUUGUACGGGGAGCGGAUGGUGAAGCGGAAGAUUUUGAAAUUGGUAGAUUUGGACCGGAAUGGCUACAUAUCAGAGCAGGAAUUCGUGAGGAUAUUUCAAAUGGAUACCGGGAUCAUACCAGUGGAAAUAGCAGCGCCUUCUGUAGCUGCGUCUGCCGGGGUAGCUGCUGACGGAGGUAUCUAUUCAGCAGGAGCCUCAGCCUCGUGUCCUUUCUUCACUUCCGCGUACAUCACAUCGCCGACCCAAAUCAGCAGUACCACCACGAGUUUGAGUUUCGAGUCUCAGAAGGCCGUCUUCGCCGCGAUGAACGUCAAUAACGACGAGAAAGUGACAGCCGCAGAGUGUCUGUCCUAUUCAACUUCCAGCUCGGCGGAUACAACUUCGAAUAGCAUGUACGAACAAUUUGAGUCUGCAUGCUCGAAGAGCAGCACCUGCGGGACGACUGGGUGUAUGAAAGAGUCGGAGUUUUGCGCACUGUACAUCAGCAGUGGCGGGUUUACGGUGGAGGGCGAGAGUUCAUCCGGGAAUGUCUGCGGAGUUUUGUACAACUUGAAGGACGUGAACAACGAUCAGUGCUUAGAGCAAUUGGAAUUUACAGCGCCCCUGGUAGAAGCGCUGCGGAACAGAAAUUUCGAGUCCGGCUGCAGUGCGAAUAGAAGGGAAAGGAGAAGAACAUCAGAGGCCGUUGUGGAGCAAAGUCGACAGCAUGAUGCGCCGGAGCAGGAGCAGGCUGCUGGUUUAUUAGCAUCUUCCUCGCCACGCCGAGCUGAUUUUCCAACAGAAGUUCCGGAAGCUACUGCUCAAGGACGAGCUAAUUCUGCACCGUCUUCAACACGAAACCUCCAAGCUAUGGUUCCCGCACCGGUGAUCCCGAUGUCGGUCCCCCAAGGAACCGAAAUGGUCACGAAAAUGAAGGCAGCGAGUAACAAUCCCUUCCCCCAUGCUUCCCAAGUCACGAAGCAAGACGACAGCCAGCUAAUGGCCCUAGCCCGCAAAGCGUUUUCCGACGGGACGGUGAGCAGAAUGGAGGACUUUUCCGCCUUUCUGCACGAGGCGAAGAAGGUUUUAACCAUCUUGAAUCUCGACUGCCCCACGAGCAGUGCGGCGGAUGAGAAGUUGCGACAAAACGACUUGCUUUUGGUGAAGAAGGUAUUCAGCUUGUCGCUAAGUAGUGUGGUCGAACUGACGCAAAUUUUACAGCCGUACGCGAUCGACACCGCUGCGGAAACCGCAUUAGAGAAAUACACUGCUGGGGAGUUUUUGACCGUGGCGUGGGCCUGCAACUUCGACGGCCGGACGAUGGGUUCGAUCCCGAGUCCUGUGAGGUACGCGACACACAGCCUGAGGAGGUUACUGAUGAGAAGGAAAGCGAGGAAGUUGAUUGGAAAGACGACCAGUGGCCGGAACGAUAAUGCCACCGCAGGACGAGGAGCUCGAGCUCUAGAAGCUCGUGGUCAACAUGAAGCUGCUGCUGAUAGUCUUCAUGUACCUUUCGUCAAGAAGCAGCGGAGGCAAAGAAUCAAGUCCGUAAUGCGGAUUCUGGCCGAGAGUAUGAACAACUAUGUUGAGCAGGACAACGGCAGUGGCAGUUUUGCCACUGGGGCGACCUCCAGCACCGCGGAGCGUUUCUUGGAUUCGAGAGAAAAUGUAGAAGCGGAAAUGUUGUUACUCGAAACUGCUGCGCAGGGACAGGUGGACUCGUCCUUGUCACAUAUAGACUCUUUCUCUUCAUCAAGUUCAAAUGGAAAUGUCGGAGCAGUACCGCAUGACAGAGCCGAGGACCAAGCUUCUCUUCGCUUCCUCUCCGACCACGUGGACGACCAGGUUUUGAUGGAACCGGAAGUGAGGUAUUGUCUCAAAACGUACUUCGGCAAGUCGGAUUUCGAGGUAGACACUAUCCUCGACGACGCUAUGCUGCAGCUGCACGAACAAGCAGCGCAGCUGACGCACCGCGUCCGAAGAUUAGAGGAACGAGAGGAGGACGCAGCUGUAAUUGAACGGACAAAAACUACGCUAGAGGAGGAGCAAAUGGCUCCUGCAGGAGGGGCAGAAGCGCCGGAAUCUUCUCAGUCACUGCUGCAUAAUUCGCAGCAGGUCUUCACAGCUAGUACCUCCUCCGACAGUACUAGAAAUCUGCAGAGCGUGACGGAACCGAAAAAGCACCUCGACGUUUCGGUUCUCAGCCCGGCCUCUAACGUCGCCAUGACCUCCACCGGGCCGCACUUGAAGCAUAUAUGCAUUGCAAAAGUAUCGUACUAGUAGAAAUCGCAUGACAAAUUUAAUCAGCAUGAGAAAUGGAGUUUGUCAUGCUGUUUUGCCUUGGGAUCGAGAUUUGUAAUGCAUGACUGCGAUUACUACGAGUGCGAUACUUUUGCACAGGAUAGCAUACCAGUGUCCGCAACUACGAGCGCUUUCUCACCGGCUGCCAGUUCUACGAAGUCACGAGUCCGAUCGAGGCGGAGCAACUGUUGCAGUUCGACCCGCAGGCGAGGAUCAAAAAAGUGCACGGGGAUCUCGACUGGUGCGUGACCCCAACACCAACAACCACCACAACGCCGCCCUCUUUGUCCGCGCAGUUAGCCGCACAGGCGGCGGGGGUGACGUUGACAAUCGACACCGGACCGAGCUUGAACAUCGCUUUGCUCGAUCACCCGUUUUCGCGGCAGACGCAGGGCGUGGUGAAGAACGCUGACGGAAGAUUUGUCGUGAAGCACCAAUCCGGGGGUUUCGGGGCGUUGAACCAGUUGUCUGUACUGCAGUUCUUCAACAAGGUGAUACUAUCCACAACAAAAGCACCCCUCAGCUGCAAGCAACUACCAUUGCAAGAGAAGCUGUUACCUCUUUCCACUUCGCUCGAGAACGACAGUGCGAACUACUUGAAAGCGGGGUACAAACAGAAUUCGGUACUGUUUUUGAAUUUGAUCGCGAACCAGCCUGGACCGGGGUGCAUUGAGGAGUGUGGGUGCUUGAAAUCGCACUCAACGAAUGUUGCUUCGUACGAAAAUGUGUGUCUUGGGGACGCCGGGGCGGAGAUUCUGAAACACUGCCCCUGUUUGAAGCGAAAGGCAGAGUGUCACGAAGAAGUGAUCAAAAUGUACGAAUCAGUGAAGGAAGCAAAGCAGUCGAUGGAGGAAAGUUCUCUGGCAAAAGACGAAAGUCAAACAGUGAGUCGACAGUUGUUGGAGUUGCGGAAGGAUAUUAACCGAAACACAAGGAAACUACUCACCGACCAGGACAAGAAAGAAGUCCUGCACAGAAUCAUCGGGCAAGAAAAGCACCGGAAGAGAACCUUGCGGAGAGUGUUUAAGGAGAAUUUGAGCAGGAUUUUGAUGACCAACACUGCAGGCGCGCCUGGUGGCGUGGCGGAGGCAGCACUUAGUUCAUCAUCAUCUUUGGGGAGGAACGUGGACCACGAAAACAACAGCAGAGUAAUAACGACAUCAAAAGCUGCUUCUCCACCUGCUGCUGUCAACACCAAUUACGCAGCAGGAGCCGCCGCCGCAGCUGCAGCCCAGCGGGAACUCCAAGCGAUCCACUACGUGAACACCACUGGCUCAGCCUAUCUCGAGCAGACCCCCUCGCCAGGGUUCAACGUGACAGCGCUACUCGAGACGAAAUGCGGCGACCAUUUGGCGGAUGUCUGCGACUGCCAAGCUUCCGACGGGAGCAACUGUGUCGGGGGGCUAGCGUUGACGGAAAUCUCGGGUCUACGAUCAAGUAAGGUUGAAAAUCAGAAGUUCGAGGAGGUUUGCCCGAGCUGCUUCGAUUUUGGAAACUUGCAAAACGAAUUGUAUCGGAUAAAUUCAGGCAGGAUGCUGUGGAAGGGGAGCACGGGACCGGGACGAGAAUUGAUUGGAAGGAACGAAGAUGAUCGCGUUCUUGUUGAAGAACAUCAAGCACAGCCAUCUUCUAAGUCCACCUCCCGGUCAUUGUCAAUCCAAAUGGGAAUCCCACUGCUCGAUUUUUCCUGCGAGGUCUCCCGGUCUACCUCCCUGCCGAGCUGUACCGCGCAACAACAGAUCAUUUCGGAUUCCAUCACCGCUGCCUUCAAGGAUAUGAAGAACAAGCAGAUGCCAGAGACGCAAUUGCCCGACUUGGACUUGUUGCACGUGGAUAUCAGGCUCGCUUACGAGGAAUUGCUCAUGAAAAACAUGUUCUGCGUUCCGGAUCUGUUGCAAAUGAAGGCCGAUUUAACGAAGGAGAUCAUCCCCAUGGACUUCCACGAGAAAUUAGUUUUGGAAGCAAGUAACUCGAACUCGCAUCUCACCGGUUCGGAAACAACAGGGAAGUCGAGUAGCGAAAUGCUGGAGGAAAGAGCAAAACUCAUCGACUUCGAGACGAAAAACAACGUGAUUGAUACGGUUUUGAACUCGAAAUUGCUGCAGCCCAGCACGAGUGGUAUUGGGAACCAGGUUUUGACGGGGCCAAUGCUGAAAGACUACCAAUCCGCCUGCCUUGAUUCCACCGCGAUGACCGACGUGAAGACGUGUGGUCUCGUGGAGGCAGUGCUCGGAGAGGAAGAGGAGCAGAAUCCUGGUGCAUCAACUCCAAUUUCCUCUUCUCUUCUCCUCGCCUCUGACGAUCUAGAAAGGCUCGGCGCGAAGAAAUUUUACCAUUUGAUGCAGCCAGACAGUUCCACCGGUUUGAUUCAGCCUGGGCCAUUCUGCUGCGUGAUGGGAAUGCUGAAGAAUUUGGGGAAGAAAGACUGCAUGAAGCUGUUCGAAGAGAAGUUUCAAACGAGUACUCUCGGCGGGACAAGUAGGGAACUGUAUGGUGCUCGUGCAGAUGAAUUAUCACCAGUUCUUGCGAGUAACGCAGCCACAUCUGGAGAUGAAAAUCCCCCACGACCAGAUGAACCGCUGACCGGCAGCAACGCGGCACUGCAGCAAGACAGACUCGCCAUGCUUACCGACCAGCAGUACGAGGAAUCUCUCGACAAGGCGAGGAAUCUCCAAGCGCUGACGGAGUUGUAUGGCGCUCUCAACUGUUACAUUCUCAACUGUUACAUGAAUUUGUCAUGCAAAAACAGCAAUACGGAAAGGGGCAAGCUUGCAAGUCUUGCAUCACAAAUUUUGGCAUGGAUUUAGAUGCUAUUUAGCCCUUCGACAAUUUGUCAUGCGAAGCAGCUUGAUUGUCUUGCGGCUCAUGGUCAUUUUGCAUGACAAAUCAUGUAACAGUUGAGAAUGUAACGUUUGAGAACGCCAUAAGUUGAUCCUCACGACCUACCGGGGAAACUUCAUGACGAACUCCGCCUCCACGGGCGCCGCGGGCGGGCACACCGCCGUCCCAACGACGCAGUCCAGCAACGCAGAAUUCCGAAUUAGUGACGACGCGGUGAUCCACGCGACCACGCACGUGCGGAGCACGAGCUUCGACGGAAGCGGCUCGAGUGCUGUAUGAAAGCCUCAGAAUGGAAAUCCUCAGAGUCGAAAUGAUUUGUAAUGCAAAAAAACGAUGCCAGUUGAAGCGCCAUUUGUGGUCAGCGCACGACAAAUUUCCCGGACACUUAAAGCAUGUUUGUCAUGCAGAUUAAGGCAAAGGGGUUCCCUUCUGUCGUGCUAAGCAGCGCCUCAAUUCUUCGCCCCUAGCAGGACAAUAGUCGGCCUCCAUUGCGUCCUCUGCAAUACAGUUUUUUUUGCGUCGCAUUUCAUGCAUCACAAAUCAUUUCGGCUUUGAGGAUUUCAAUUCUGAGGUUUCAUAUGCUGUAAUCACCGCGGACAUGCUGUACCAGAUGUUUAACGCCACUGUCACGGCACAAACUUCCGCCACCUCUGUAAACCUCAUCCAGCUCGACUUCAUUCGGGAGCUCAAGGAGUUGAUGGAAAAAUUGAAACAAAAUGCGGUGAAGGACCACGGAAAAUACACGGAAACCGUCGAAGCAUAUGGAGUAAUGAACUACACGGCACAUCAGCAGGCGCAAAUAUCCACAUGAAAUUUCCCGUACACGUACAAGUGCGGUCUCUGCAUGGCAAAAGUUGGCUCCGAUUUCCUAGUUUAGCAUGACAAGUUUUAAACUUCAAAUUGGUGAAAUUUGAUGUGAUGCAUCUUGUACGUCGUGUACGGGAAAUUUGUAUUGCAUAGCAAACAUUGAACCCACAUUACAACCAGGACGAGAAAAGCUUUUUGGAAAAUUUGAUCAAGGACACGACAACCGUUUUAGCCGCAAGCGGGCCUCUCUCCGCCGCGGAAACGGCGCUGGAAAACGACGACGCUGCUGCGAAACUGACGAAACUUUACUACAACGAGUCGUACAAGCCGUACGGGUACAGCUUCGACGCCAGUGUGUCGGAGGAACACAAGGCUCUGGUCGUGAAAACGAUCCUCGGGUUGCUGAUGCUAGCCAAGGAUCCACUGCAUGCCGCCCACAGGAGGUGCGGGAGUGGUGGAAGCGACAGCACUUCUUUGUCCAUUUCCUCCCCGGUCGCCUACAAAAUCGACGGUGCGGGGUGUGUGCCGAAGAACAGCGAGAGUGAGUCGGUUUUUUCGCCCGGAAUAUUAGCGGAGGCGGGCGGUUCGUCUCCCGCCUACAACCCAUUCCUGUCCGCGGAUGACAUCGGAUUGGAGCAAACGGCAGAAGGCGAGGUGGUAGGCGGAUCGAGUGUGGAUCUGAUUCCGAACUUCCACCGCGUCAGGCACUUGUUGCAAGCGCAAAGAUCCAGGUGGAACAGUUUUGGUGCCGCGGGGGGUGAAACAGAGAAGAGGUCAAUUUCGCAGGUCGUGGCCUCCAUGAAAAGCAGUGGAAGUAGUCAGACAAGUCGCGCCGGCGCGUCAGCAAAGCCGUUCCCCGGUGUGAAUUGGCGAACAAGCAUGAGCGGGCUCGCCACACAUACACAAGCUGCGGUCGAGACUACACUUUCAUCCCCACCAAUAAGUGCACCAGCAAAGCCAAAGGAUGUAGUCGACGCUGCUGCCCGGAAUAGCGAGGACAGGAUCAGCAGCUCCAGCAUUCAGCCAUACAACCCGGACAGCAGGAGCUCCUUGCGCUCGCUCCAGGGCAGCAACGGUUUACUCUCCGCGAAGGCGGCGGACUCUCUGUCCAAAGUCUCCCUCGUCCAGUCCAUCACUGGUGGUACCUCCGGGCUGCACGAAGCGACCAACGUCGAGCUGUUACCCGUCGGGUUUGAGCUAAGCAAUAAAAACGAUGUGAAGCUGCUCCGCACCGGCUGCUUACCCUGGCAAUUGUCGAAGGAUGAGUUUGUGGAUAAUUUUCAAACCCUCGUGGUCCCAAAGGCAGUUGAGACGGUCGAGAAGGGGAUCAGCUCGCUGAAGUACCAAAUUGUGAACAAGCAAGCAGGAGAUCUGAAGAAGCAACUCCGGGCGUACAAUAGGAACGCGGGGUUAAUUUCGACGAAUUUAGGCAGCGGGAUCAUGUCGGUCACGGAGGGGAAGCAGUUUUUUGAGGCGGUGGUGGAACCUUUGAAGGAGUUGGUCGGCGGAGGAAGUUCAGAGUCUUCCUCCCUUCCUGCGAGUAGUUCCCAGUACUCAAACCCUUUUAAGCAACUUCCUCUAAUGCAGGAACUAUUGAACACGGAGAGCCUAGCGAAAUUGUUUCAAACGCUGGAUCGGAACAACGAUCAAUGUCUCGACGUACCGGUGAAGGACAUGCUCGAAGUUGGCCUCGGGUACGCGAAUUGCGACCAGUACAGCGCAGAAACCGAGCACCCGUCGGAUUUGACGCUGAUGCAGGACGUGGACAACGAUUUGAUGCCGGACAGCAAUUUGCUGCAGCAGCUGUCGUACAGCGACUUCUGCCUCCGCGCGAAACUGGUCGCCAAGAUGAAACAAAGGGUGGAACAAGUGGUGCUGAAAGCGGCGCAGAAAUGCGCGAUGGACCAGGUGCAAGCUGCGUUUUCCUUUACCAGGAUCCGGGAGUUGCUGGAGCGGGGUGUUGCAUCAAGCGAAGGUCGUGAAGGAGAAGAAGUUGUGGAUUUUUGGGGGAGGAAGCUGCAGGUACAACACGUCUGUAUUACUUUACCUUCCUGCAGAUACUCCAACUAUCAGACAGAGCAGGUAUCUCUAACUUCUGAAGAACAGGGUUCGCGCCUGAGACGUAAGAUUGAUAUCGAGGUGGCGUACUUACGCAUAUCGACCUGUUCGUGUUCGCUUGUUCGUGAUUGCAAAUUUGUCCAGAAUUGAAUCGUUUCAUCACCAGGUCUCCGCCCACUCUUUACCCGAUGCCACGAUCAGUACGAAGGUGGAAAACUUUGUGAAAACCGACGCAGCUGUGACGGAAGCGGACUUGGUAAAGUUGUCCAACAUGGAUUUGCCGGCAAAGACAAAACUUGCAGUCUACGAUUUCUUACAGCUCUACCGCCAGACGUACGACGAGUACACAAAUUUGUUUUUUGGACGAGGCGGGAAUCAGUUCGCGAACAGCGCUGCCGACGCGGAAAGACUGGUCACGGCGGGAAAAUUAGCCACCUGCAUGCGGCAUACGGUAUAAUUUUUUUAUGGUUUUUUCUGCUUUAUUACUUCAUGAUCCUCAUCUCGUACACUUACCCCCCCACGACCCGCGUGAUUUCGAUCUGUUUUUAUUUCUCUACGUGCGGUAUAUGACUUUGACAACUUGUGAUGUGUGAUUUUUACGUCGUCGGCCUUGAUGGUGAUUGUAUCCCUGAUACCGAGCAGGUUAGUGCACGCAUUUGUUGCAAAGCAAGAUAUCAAGCGCUACUUUCUGGAGCAACAAGAAAGAGAAACUCGACCUUGUUUGUUCUCACCGCACACAGAGCGUCCUUCCUACUCCCUCCGCCACCGACCCAACGCUGUACACGCAGAAAAGAUUAAUCUCGGACGUGCAGAGACUCGCGAAGCUGACCCUCCCCGCGAACGAGCCGGAUUUCACGAAAUGCCAGGCGAUCGCGACGGACCCGGCGGUCACGACGAUAAAUAACAACGCAGUGGACUAUGAUACGGAUUUCCUUCCAGACGACCGCGAGUUGUUUUACUGCAUUCUCUCCCCCACCAGUUUCGCCGUGCCGGAACUGAAUUCGAAACUUGUAGACGAGUACGAGAAAGCGGCCUUCACCGGGGAAUACCAUUUACAGAGACUGUUCGAGCUCGACGCCGGCAUGUCGAUCCCGCAAAAGACGACCAUGGCCGCCACAGUCGCCAUAUGUAUUGCAAAAGUAACGUACUAGUAUAAAUUGCAUUACAAGUUUUGGCAAGAAGAAAAGUGAAAUUUGUAAUGCUGUUUUACCUUGGGAGGGAGAUUUGUCAUGCAUAUUUGCAAUUAGUACGAGUGCGAUACUUUUGCACAGCAUACUCCACGUCCCCAACAAGUUACCACGACUACGACACGAACUACGUCACCAAUGCGACCUAUGGGUGUGUCAGGUUUGAAAUCGUCAAAGGUGAAAUAAUUUGCCAUGCGCAAAAUGGAUGCCAGUUGAGCCCCAGUUUCCAAGUGGCGCAAGACAAAUUUUGGUUGUGCCUAAAUCCAGUUUGUAAUGCUGCUGAGGUACAAAAGAUUGACUCUCUCAUGCUACUUCUGCAGCUCGAGCCCUAACCCUAAACAGGCUUCAAUCGGCCUCACUUGCCUGCUCUGCAACACACGUACUUCGCGCCAUGCAUUUUAUGCAUGACAAAUCAUUUCAACUUUGACGAUUUCAAUCCUGACACUCCCAUACGACCCUGUCCGCGGACGUGAUCCGGGAGAAGAUGCUGUCGGAGAUUGACGACAGUUGCUACGAAGAGUGUGUCCGGGUGAAAAAGGAGGAGUUUUCGAGGCAUUUAUGCAUUGCAAAAGCAUCGUACUGGUAUGGGUAUACGUACAGAUCGCAUGACAAAUGUUCUCAAGAAGAAGACUGCAAUUUGUCAUGUAGAUUCGGGUAGCAAACCAGAUUUGUUAUGCAUUGCUGCAAUUCAUACGACUACGAUACUUUUGCAGUGCAUAGCAUUUCACUUUCUACAACCUAAACUCCAUGUCCCGAGUCACCGAAGGAUCUAUCCCUUGCAAAGGUGAUGUCGUGCUUGUAGGAAUUCUAAUUGCGAUCAUGCGCAAAAAGUAGCGCUUUUGCUUUUCUACAAGAUCCAGCUCGAACAUGACAAUUUGUUCAACGUGAAAUAAAAAAAAAAUUGUCAUUUUUGCAAUUUCCACGAAUGCGAAGUACUUUUGCAUUGCAUAGGAGCUUUCACAGAGCAGAACUACAACUUUCGGGGGCCUGAUCGCGCGACGGUCGCGACGCUGCUAGAUGGGGCGUGUUACGUCUACAUUCCGGAGGACUGCGAGCCGAAAUUGGGAGCCGCGCAGUUCUAUGCAUUGCAGAAGUCCUCUCCUCGUCCUAGUACCAAUGCUUUGAGAGAAAAAGUGCAUCAAUAUGUAGUGCUAAUUUUGCAUUAGGAUUAGGCCAAAGAUCUGUAAUCAAACUUCUACCCCUACGAUGGCGAUCAUGCUUUUGCAAUCCAUAACUUCGCCGGAUCGGCGACGGAUCCGUCCAUCUACUUUCAAGCGGGGAAGUACAAUUUGGAGCAGCGGUCGAACCCGUUUGGCACCACCAGCCCCUGGACCAUAUGCAUUGCAAAAGCAUCGUACUAGUAUAAAUCGCGUGACAAAUUAGCCCAGCAUGACAAACGGAAUUUGUCAUGCUGAUUUGUCUUGGAAACGAGAUUUGUAAAUGCAUGACUGCGAUUAGUACGAGUGCGAUACUUUUGCACUGGAUAGACCAGCAUUAGUAACCAGUGGUGCGGUAACGCGUACAAUAUGCAAUAUAAAUUUCCCGUACAUGUACAAGAUGCAUCACAAAUUUCGCCAAUUUGAAGUGUAACAGUUGUCAUGCUAAACUAGUGCUGAAGCCAAGUUUUGUCAUGCAGAGACCGCAUGUCUUUGUACGUGUGCGAGAAAUUCCCUGUGGAUAUGCAAAACGCAGUACGCCACAGAGUUGCUGGCCCGGAAGAACACGCUGCUAAUAUGCAUUGCAAAAGUAUCGUACUAGCAUGAAUCGCAUCACAAAUUUUCUCAAGAACAAAAAAGCAAUUUGUCAUGCUAGUUCAGGUAGAAAUAUUGGAUUUGUCAUGCAUGACUGCAUUACUACGACUACGACACUUUUGCACAGAAUAGCUAACGAUGUGCUACAACUCAACGGACAUGAGCUACAUCGAGACUAUAUGAGAGUGCACAACUCCCCUUCCCCCUCAUUUGUGUUGCAUGAAGAGCAACACAAGCGCUGGCAAAGAUGCAGCUCUUGCAUGACAAAUUCCUAGAAGAGUGCAGUGUUGUUUUGGAUUCCGGAGUCUGUCAUGCAAACAGUGCUACAAGACAAAGGGUGGACUUGCAAUUUUGCAUGACAAAUGAGGAGGAGGGGGAGUUGUGCACUCUCAUAGACUACCUUGGGGAAGCAGAAGGCCAAACAGCUCGAAUUCUACGACGACGUCGGGUUUUCCGGGCCCUUGAGCACCUUGUGCAGCGGGAAUGUCGUCCUGGACACGAUGUUCGGCGGGACAACGGGCGGGGAGGAGAAGUGCGCGCUCUUGGAAAAGUACGGGAAUGUGGAGCGGCUGGAAGAUGCCUACCGGGGCGUGGAGAGACGGUUGGUAGAAAGCGGAAACAUCGCAUCUACAUCAACUUCACCUACAUUCAACAGACACCACGCGAGAGCCGUAGCGAAUGCAAAAGGUGGUCAUGAUAGUGGUCAACUGCGUCAUCUCCAAAGGCGAAACCAGCGUGGUCGAAAUGCAGGAACUGCGAGGCGUGUGACAAGAAGAACUAGAAGCUCUUCAAGUAGUGCAGCUAACAACAUCGCAGGUGGAGCACCACAGCGAAAGACGUGGCGGGAAGGAGGGACAAGGGGCAGAAAUCCACAGAGAUGGUCGCGUGAGAAAAAUUUCGCGUUUGACGACUCUCCGCGGCCGCCACGUUGAAGGCCGAUGUCUAUGUAUGUCUUAUGUUGCCGUGGUUUUAGUUUUUGUUCAAAAGAUUUAGUACACGUAGUAGUGAACCGCGGCACCAAAGACAACGAGCGCGAGUACCAGCCGCAUUUUUUUUUUCUUUUCGACGAUUUACAACUUCCGUUAGUGAGUACUUCUGGCACAGCACACUGUCCACACUGGUGCGUGUUUGUCCAUUUUGACUUUGACGAUCUUUGUUGAAAAGUAUCUAUUACUAUCUGAAAGAGCAAGCGCUAUGAUCUAAAUGUAGACGAGCAGGAGCAGCUACGACAGUUGAUAUGAUUAUCACUUUGUAAAUUAGGUUUGUCACCACGAGCACCGAAAGUUAGCCUGCCUUGAAUUGCAUAGAACCAGCAAAGCCUGUACAGUAAAACGGAUAAGAAAUAGCUCUUGAGUUCUUCCUGUGAAAACUUCGCUCGUCGGUCAAGCUUCAACAGAAGCAAAGAUGUUUGACCUGCUAUGCAUACCGAUGACUUUUUCGUCGAAUGGGGACAAUAAGCUCACAUCUCACUUCAGCAACAGACUGAUAGUGAUAGCGUUAGUGCAAAGCCACAGAUGAUGAAAGAAUAGCUCUUUUCUUUUUCAGUACUUCGUUUAUUUCAGUUUUCUUUUCCCUUGAUUUUUCGAGAAGGCAACCAGGAAAAAACCCUGGCAGUGAGCAUCGAACCGACGUGCAGCCAGGGGUAACAGUCAUCUGCAGGUGUUGG